CCCUCCACUUUCUAAAACAAACCCCGCUCAAAAAUUUAGCAGCCCAAUCCGUAUGACCUAUAUAUGUAAAUGUCUCAUAGCAGCCUUUCAUUUAGCUAGCCCUAGCUUCCAUAUCGCCGCACACCACACUCCCCCCUUCCCCCAAACUAAUCGCCGCCGGAAAUUACUUUCGUCCGGCCAGCAAUUGGGAGUCCAACGACGGCCAGACUCAAUCAUCAGCUUCCUAAAUUCUCAGAAAGUCAAAAAUGAUUUCAUUCUGUGUAAGUGGGGUACUAUUGAAUUGCAAAUAAAGAAUUUGAGCUGCUCGGAUUAAAUGAGAUUUUUCAUGAGUUGUGGUGGAUAGCUUGAAUCAGCACAUUCAAUUACAAAAAAAAUCCAUGAAGCUAAAGUUGACAUUAGGAUAACUAUAUAGUUCAUGUAGAAACAUUCAAAUGCACUGUGUAUAUUUUUAGAUAUGUUUACUUGGAUAUGUGAUUGUACAUCGUUAAUGUAGUUGAUGUGUAUUUAAAAUUUUGGAAAGCUUCCGUAUGUAUUUUUAAUAUGGUGUGUUAACUGUUACGCAGUUUUAUUUAGCAAGUUGUUUAAUUUGAUUAUGAAUGAUUGGCUAUUGGUAUGUUAUCAGUAUUGAAAUCUCAGUUUUGACUUCUAUGAUUUUAUUAUUUAGAUUCAGUUUGGAAUAUUUUUUACAAAUUUUUGAAAAAUUA